UUCAGCCCUUUAAAAUCGAUUGACCCAUACUUUAAAAUCCAAAUCAAUAGGGUCAACUUCUAGGGGAGCAGCCUUUUGGUUCAAAGUGAUUUUCAAAAAUACAUAAGAAAAAACAAAUUUAAACAUCUAAUCUUAGCAUUCAUAAGGCCAAAAUUAGAUAACUAAUCUAUAUAUUCAUAAGCCAAAUGUUUGCAGGGUGAAAAUUGAAUAGUGGAAGAAUAAAAAGAUGGAAAUAAUAGACUAGGGUUAAUUCUGUAUUUUUACGUUAAACUCUUUUAUUAUAAAUAGAUUUGUGAGGGCUCCUUUGUGAGCAACUUGUUCAAUUAUUUCAUAUGGUAUCAAGAGUUCGGUUGAAACCCUUAUUUUUUUCGUUCCUUCUCCUUCCGUGCAAUGAGGUAUUGGUUAUUGAUUACGCAUUGGGGUCAAUUGGGGUGAUGCUCACAAGUCGCAACUCACAACCACUUCACCCAGCUGAAAGGGAGCAGCCGCACCAGAGUUCUGCACCAGACUCCUUUCCCUUCAUCUUCUACACCCGUUGUUCUACAAAAAGCCAAUGUUGGCAUGCUGCACUUGAAAUCUUAAGAGAUGUCAUGGAUGCUGUUGACCCGCUACUUCCUGAGGGAGGAAAGGAUGAGUUCACAUUUGAUCUUGUAGAACAAUGUUCAUUUCAGAAGCCAAAGGAUAUGCAUCUUACAAUGACUUCGAGAACUUCAAAGCACAAAGGUGGUUUGAAGGCAUAGGUUACAUUCGGCAAAAACUGGUCAGAGGUUUUUAUUCCACGACAAUCAUUAAAUUGGUCCUGUUAGAUAGCAGAAUUUCUUUCAAAUUUCAACACAAGUAAUUCUUAAUCGUUGCUUCAUUUGCCACGACAAUCAACAAAAGCUUAGGACCAUCUCAAUAUCAAGUGAACAUAUUUCUUCCAAAAUUUGCUUUUACGCACAGUCAAUUGUAUGUUACCAUGUGAAGGAUCACCUCCAGGAGUGAGUUAAAAAUUCUUGGGUGAUGAAGAGGGUUGUACUAUCAACAUCACUAAUGAUGUGCUCUAUAAAGUAGUUUUCCAAGAUCAAUGAAACUUUUUUGAACAUUGUCUAACAUAUAUAUGAUUGUUCUAUUUUAUAAAGUUUUAUGACACUCCCCUAAUAAUUGUACUACUAAGUUAUUUA